UCAGUGUGUUCACCUGCGCUCCGUCUCUCUGGUUAGUUUGGGACUUUCCACGCCUCUUCCAAACAAACAAGAGACACGGAGCGGAGCUCACACUUCAUCCCGCCAAGUAUCCUGCCGCCGAGAGAAUGGACUCCGCCGCUGUGCUGCUGCUGCUCACCGUGACCGCCGGAACUCUGCUCCACGUGCUGGGGACAGAGAGUGUGACUGCCCUAUACGGAGAGACCAUUGUUGUCCCAUGCAACGAUGGAGCUCCAGCACCAGAGGAUCUGAUGUUCGUCAAGUGGAAAUACGAAAAAGAUGAUGGCACUCCUGGAGACCUGCUGAUCCAACAGGCCCGCAGCAGCGAGGCCACGGUCCAGGCCACGGACCAGUACGCCCCGCGGGUCAGCAUCAACCACAAGCUGAGCCUGCGCAUCACACAGGCCUCGCUCAGAGACCAGAAGACCUUCACUUGCAUGGUGGUGUCCGACUCCAACCUCAUGGAGUACCCCGUCACCGUCAGUGUGCGCAAGGUGCCGUCUUCAGUUCAGAUCAUGGACCGCUCGGCUGCGCUGCAGAAGGACAGAGCCACUGCAGUGGGAACAUGUGUUGCAGCAGAUGCAAACCCUGCAGCUACGAUCACGUGGAAAAAGAACGGAAAGCCCUUGGUAGCUGAUGGGAAAACCGUUCUGAUCACUCCCAGCAUGAAGCUGGAUCCAGCUUCAGGCCUCUCCACCACCUCCUCCACCCUCCAGUAUGCAGCUUCCAAAGAGGACAAUGUCUCUGUCUUCUCUUGCAUGUCCACACACCAGCUGGCCAAUCAGGAGGCUGAGCUGGAACCCUUUGCCAUUCACUAUCCAUCAGAGAAGGUUAGCCUCCAAGUUCUGUCCAAGGUACCGGUCGUAGAAGGAGAUAACGUCACGUUGAAGUGUCACGCUGAUGGAAACCCCCCCCCCAGCUCCUUCGUCUUCCACAUGAAGGGCCAGAAAGCGCUGGUGAACAAUUCGGACACCUACACGCUGACGUCCAUCAGCAGAGAGGCUGGGGGGGAAUACAAAUGCUCCCUGGCUGACAACGAGAAAAUGGAGUCCUCCCAAAGCAUUGUUGUUAGCUACCUGGACCUGCGUCUGACCCCCUCUGGGCCCGUGCGGAAGGCAAUAGGGGACAGCUUGUUGGUGAAGGUGGAGCAGAGCGCCUCGGGUGAGGCUCAAGUGUCGUGGAUUAAGAAUGGACAGAAAGUGAAGCUGCCGGAGUUCACCAGGCUGACGUACGCUGAUGCAGGAGUGUAUGUGUGUGAGCUCUCCAUGCCCGGCCUCACGCGGAGCCACAGCUUUGAGCUGAUAGUAGAAGGAAAGCCAGAAAUCACGGGCCUGAACAAACACCGCCCUGAUGGCGCCAGCUACAAAGUUCUGACCUGCGAGGCAACAGGAGUUCCAGAACCCAGCUUCCACUGGAGCGUCAACAGUACGAACGAAGAGAGCUCUUACAUCAACGGCAAGGCCACCCAUAAAAUCAGUGUGAUCCCCAAGCUGAAUCUGACCGUCACCUGCAGCGUCAGCAACCGGCUGGGAGACGACACCCUUACCAUCAACGUUUCCUCCGUUUUCAAGGAGGAAAAGAAAGAAACAGGCUCUAAGGAGGAAUCGGAGGACCAGUCCAAGCUCAUAGUGGGGGGGGUGGCAGGGCUCCUCAUAGCUGCUGCUGUGGUGGGACUCGUCUACUGGCUCUACAUGAAGAACUCCAGACAAGGAAGCUGGAAAACUGGUGAGAAGGAGGUGGGAACAUCAGAGGAGGGCAAGAAGCUGGAGGAGAACCAUCCCACGGUUUGAACUGCAGGGCUGAGAGAAGCAGUUGAAGCAGCUGUUCAACAGUAAGGACCAGACUCCCCCCCCCCCCCCACUGUUCCUGUGUGCACUGAAGCUGCUCAGUUACUGUUCUGUAGUGUUCCUGGUGAAUGCUCCAUGUGCUGUGAUGGUUUCUUUUGCUCAGUUCUUCCUUCAGGAAUUUUUUUUUUUUUUUUUUUAAAUCCCUCAAAGAAUGUAAAAACUCAAAUUUUGAAUAUUAUAUAUAUAUAUAUAUAUAUAUCCUUGUCUGAGCAUGCCAAUGUUUUUUCCUAGUUUUGACUUGUGUGUGCGCUGUGUGUAAACUCACUUUACUGCCCUCAGACUUAAGGAACAGCUCUGCUCCUCAAACUAUGGCACAUGAAUCGUCUGUCCUUUACAGAACACGUCCUAGUUAAAGUCAGGAUAUUACAUCGGAUGUACUAUGAAUGCUUCAUAUUUGUGAAGAUUCAAAUUGGACAUAAAACAAUUGAGCAUUAUGACACACUCAUUUCUUCUUUUUGGUGAAUUACAGUACCCCCCCUCCACAUUUUGAAGUCUCAAGAUACAUUUAGAAUUACGUUCUGUUGCAAAUACUUUGAAAAGGCAGAAGUCCUCACACUUCAUAUUGCUUUAUGUUUGUCCAGUCUUUUGUUUUAAGGUUCAUGCUAAUUAUUUUAUUUUUAUUUAGCCUUUAUUUAUACAGGUGUAAAAUCUCAUUGAGACACAAGGUCUCAUUUUCAAGAGAGACCUGUUCAGUGGUAACACUACCACACAAAGUUACAGACAGACAGGACACUAAACACAGAGGCAACACUAAAAUACAACAUCGUAAAAAAGUAGUAAUUGAAAUCCACACAGUAUUCAGAUAUAGCAGGUGCAAACACCCACAGAUGAUUUCUCCAGCUUUUUUAAAAUUAGUUUAAAAUCUGUGAUGGGUAUCAAACUGGUCAGUUUAAGUUCCUGCUGAAGUGUGUUCCAGGUCGAGGGGGCAGAAUAUGAUAUGGCUUUUUUCCCAAGCUCCGUACAUACUGAGGGGACGGACAGAGUGAUGUCAUUUUGAGAUCGUAGGCUAUAGCUGUACUGUUUGUGUGAUAUGUAAGUGGAUAUGUAGAGGGGCAGCAGUCCAAGCAUAGCGGUAAUGGCUUUGUUCCUCUGUGGCUGACUUUAAAACACUGUCUCUGUGUCUCUUCAGCUCCUUAACACCGUUUCUCUUCUCUUUGCUUUGUGCCAGGUCAGAAUCUGUUUUAGUGUUUUUUUGUAUUUAUAUUCUGUGUGCAACCUUUCCUGGUUACUGCAGCUUCAAAGAAAACAUGUUAAGCCUGCGUGAAGGCCUCAUCAAGUGUUGAAGCGGUACUGAAUAU